AUGAAGAGUCCUGUACAAGUACGGAGAAAAGAUAAUAAAACAUCUAGUUGGAAUUGUAAAACUAGUAAGAAAUUUCAACAAGGGUUGAAGCAAGAGCAAAACUUAACAAAUCAAGUGAGACAAAGCAAUCAGGAUUUUAACUCUUAUAAUACUCAAGGGAUUGGUUUUAUUGAAGGUUCUAAAAAAUUAGAGACUAUAUCAAAUGGUAUAACAAAUUAUACAAAUGAUUAUAUACAGGGCGCUAGAAAUACUUUUGAAAAAAUUAAACCUCCAAAAUCUAAAAGUUUUUUUAAUGCACCCAAUGAGAACAAUAACUCACCUAAAUUGAUUUAUAGCGAGAAAAAUAAACACAGGAGUAAGGCUAUUUUUUAUAAAGACAUAUGUGUCACAGGAGAAAAAAUAGCUCUCUGGAAGAAGCUAAAGAAUAAUAUGUCUUCCCUCACAUCGACUGUUAAUGACUUGAAAAUUAAAUUAUCAAAUCAAUCAGUUACCAAGAAAAAUAUGAGAGCGAAAACUAAACAAAGUAUAGGAGGAAAUAAGUCUACGAAGCACGUCCCUUUCUAUCAAAGAAUUUGGAAUUAUUAUUGCAAAGUUAAUAGCAGUAAAAUCCCGGCUUGCCCAAAUCUACCAUUGCUACAAUUUCCUGAUAUACCAAAUUGCCGUUCGUUUGUAAACGGCUGCUGUACAAGCGCUGAAAUUAUUCACAAGCUAUACUAUUCUAAUUCUUGUAAAUGUGUUUUUGAUGCAGACGAUUUAGAUAUAAAUUUACCAAAAGCAAACAGUUGCAAGGUGCCUGAGGGAUUAUGUCAAGACGCUCAUACUGAAAUUAGUGAUCAUAAAACUCUUAAAGAUGUCUCAAUACAAUGUCUAGAUCAAGAAACUAAAGCACAAUGCACUAAUGAGAUAGUAGUAGAACAUAAAUGUGUUAGCUCGCAAUAUUAUUCAGAUAAGGGUUGUGGUGACACUAUCAAAGAUUUGAGUGAAACUUGUCCAAAAUCUAAAUGUUUUCUGCCUUUCCUAAAAAAGAAUACUGGCAGCCUGCGAGUGCAUGGAAAACAUUUGUUUAAGAGAAUACAUAAAAGUUCGAGACAAAAUAAGAAUGUACGGUAUACACAGACACGUGUGAGCGAUAAUAUUGUAAACUACAAGAACAAAACUUGUAGCACAGUUGGUCCUAAAAAGGUUAAGUCGGCUGGAGUUCAAAUUACUUUAGAAUGUAAUCAUGCAAGGAAUCCCCAGCUUACAAAAAAGGUAGGUGUGAAGAAAAUACUUAGUCAUAAAUCUUGUUCUGAAAAACCAAUACCAUUGAAGCAUGAGACAAAAGGUACCCAAUGUAGUCCAGAUAAAAAAUCUAAAUUUGCUGAAGAAAAAGAUAAACAAAAACCCCGAACAAUGUUUUGGUCUCGCAAAGCAUCGCAAGAUUGUAACUGUAAUGACUUCGUUACUGUCAUAAAUCAUAAACCUACAAAACAUAAGAAAUCAGGCAAAAAAGCACCCCAGAAGCCUUUAUAUCCCAGAAAGAAAUUAAUAUCAAUUUGUACACAAUGCCCUGAGAAACUUAAAGACUGCUCUAAUCUUGGUAGAAAUGAUAAGCAUAAGGUAUUACGACGGACAGUUUCUGUUGAGAAAUCAGAAUAUGUAGUGACGACAAAAAAGGGGAAAUCAACAUUUAAGACAAUUGGAGUCCAGUGCACUAAAGCGAGACGAAAAGUCAACACAAACACAGUGUACACUUCGAAAUCUUGCAAUAAUUUAUUGAAUACGUCUCAAUUAUUGACCGUUGGGACUCAGCGAAACACCAUAGAUUUUGUACAACGCCGUUUGAGGCUGAAAAAGAGAGCAAAUUGGUCGUUUUUCAACAUGAGAUCACAAAAGUUAGGUGUCGUCAGAGAAGACCUGAUAAUCAUAGCAAUAAAAUGUUCACGAAAACAGUACGCCGCAUUCCCUUUGAAUAUGCGUAUAGACGCUGGCCGCGUGCUUACCCAGAAUGCCUAA